AACCAUCAGAUCACAGCACAACCAUCAAGUCAACAAGUUCCAUAGGCAAGCUACCUGGUAAACCAAUAACCAGCAAUGAACAAACUCCAGCAACUUGCCUCGGUAGCCAUGCUUUCAAUGAUCAUACUCAGCACGUUCAGUGACUCAGUAUCAGCUGUUACACAUGCAGAUUGCUGCCUCAAUUAUUCAAAGCAUCGAUUGCCACGGAAAUUAAUCUCUGGUUACUUGGAGCAAAAUUCCAAUGAAAUGUGUGAAAUAGAUGCAAUUAUACUCUAUACCAUCAGAGGAAGAGCAGUGUGUGUAGAUCCUGAUCAGCCCUGGGUGAAGAGAACACUGUUUUUUUUGAGCAAAAAACUGAAAACCCUGUCGAAUCAUUGAGCUGCAUCUUGAGAAAAAAUGUUAUCUGCAUUAGAUGGAUGAUUCUGACAAAACCUCCUGCAUAGUAUCUAUGCACAGACGAAAUGUUUGUUAAAACUGAUGUAAUUUGCAUUACUCACAAUUGAUGUGAAAAAUGUUUUAUCGUAUGUUCCACUGAACAUGGUAAAGUAACUUAAUUGUGGAGCCUUAUUUAUUUUCUGCUACAUUCUGCUAA